GAACUACCUGAUGCAUAAUGGGGAAAGGAAGUCGAGUAGUUGUUUGUGGAGUGGCAGCAGUUGGUAAAACCGCCAUACUGGAGCAGGUGCUGUAUGGAAACCACAUAGUUGGUCAGAAAAAUCUUGAAACCUUGGAAGAUGUAUAUAUUGCUUCAGUGGAAACGGAGCGUGGAGUGAAGGAGCAGCUGCGCCUUUAUGACACACAGGGUCUUCAGGAAGACACGGAGCUGCCCAAGCAUUACUUCUCUUUUGCCGAUGGCUUUAUUCUUGUCUACAGUGUGGACAGCCUGGAAUCCUUCAGGAGGGUUGAACAACUUAAAAGAGACGUGGACCGCUUCCGGGACAAAAAAGAGAUUGUAAUUGUUGUUUUGGGCAACAAGGUGGACCUGGCAGAAUACAGACAAGUGGAUACAGAAAUGGCAUUACUCUGGGCAAAAGGGGAGAAAGUAAAACUCUGGGAAGUCUCAGUUACAGAUAGAAAGACCUUGAUAGAGCCUUUCACAUUGCUGGCCAGCAAACUCAAUCAGCUCCAAAGCAAAUCGUCCUUCCCUUUACCUGGAAGAAAAAGUAAGGGGACCCCAUCAUCUGACAACUGA